CUGCGCCAGUCGUCGCUCCGGGGCAUUCUCAUCCCGGGCGAUGUUGACAGACUAGUCGCGAACCUUUUUGCGGAUGACACGACGGUCUUCUUAGGCGAAGGGGACGACUACGCUGCGGCCAUCGAGCCGACUCUAAAGUGGUGCCGUGGGUCGCGGGCCCGGUUUAACCUGGAAAAAACGGAAGUCAUCCCGAUUGGAACCAAAGAGUACCGCGCGCAGGUUCUUGUGACGCGGAAACUGUACCCGGAUGCUAGCCCGAUCCCGGGCAGUGUUCACAUUGCGCGGGACGGUGAGGCCGUGCGGUCGUUGGGCGCAUGGAUUGGCAAUGAAGUGGACAGCGCGGUGCCGUGGACGCCGCUCAUAAAUACGAUGAGGAGGAAUCUAGAACAUUGGGAGAAGGGCAAGCCUACCUUGCACGGCCGGAAGAUGGCGGUGGACCUCGAAAUUGGCGGGCGUACUCAGUUCCUGGCGAAGGCGCAGGGCAUGCCCCAAGCGGUCGAGGACAAGCUAACCCGGAUGAUAGCAGAUUUCAUGUGGGCGGGCGAUAAGCAUCCGAGGGUUGAUCGCGCGACGUUGUAUGCCCCGGUUGAGGAGGGUGGCCUAGGUGUCCUCUGCAUAGCAGCUAGAAAUGAGGCAAUCGAUCUGAUCCGUCUCCAGGAUUACCUCAAUCUCUCUCCUACGAGGCCA